GAAUUGUUAAUGCGAAAGUCCAUAAGUUUCUGAUUUUGUUAAGCUGAAUAUUCGUUUGAGAUCUAUACGUUUCUGUUGGAUUUGAAGUUGGAAUUAAGCGAUCUAUAAUUCAUCUUGGAGAUCUGCCAAGGAAAGGUAAGAAAAAAAUAACGAUUCGCCUGCGAAGAUCAUCAUCCCGUCAGUAAAAUGAACAAAGGCCAAUAAUUUUAAUCUGAGUAAAAGUUUAAAACGCACCACAUUUUCCCUUAGACGUGCUCUAUUCCCUAUUUGUUCAAUUCAUGCAAACUAUUUUAUUCUACUGUUAAAAAGUGGUCGAGGGGCAUUUUAUUUCCUCAUGAGUAGAUCAGGUUCUCUUUUGUUAUUUAUGAUAAACCGUAAUGACACCAUGUGAUUCGGUGCUGUCGCAAGCUGAGUAGUUCUCUUGAAAAGUAAAAAUAGCUAGAGCCGUUUCUCGCUGAUCCAGAAAGGAUAUCGGUCUGAAAAGACUAGACGCUUAUGUACACCAUAACUCCGCUUAUAACAGGCCAGUGUAUGGGUCACUGAUUCAUGAUCAGGUCCAUAGAGUAAGAGGUUAGUUCUUAGGUUUGUGAAUGUUGAUAUCGAUCCCAGCGUGAGUGCAUGGACAUUUGCAUUAAAAAGCUUAAUAGCUGCUGUGAGUUAUGAUAAUUUUGUAGAAAAAAAUGGAGAAACAAUCCUAGAGAAAACGGAUUCUCAUGAAAUUAGUUACUUUAUUUUGCAUAUAGAUUUUCAGUUGUCGUUUUACUGAGGUUACUGGGCCGCGACAUCGUGUGGAGCCGUUAAUCUUGUAUUUUUUGCAAGCAAGAUCUCAAAAGCUGCAAUUAUAAAACAAAUCUCUUGGGAAGGAACAGGACCGAACCGAAGAGGUCGAGCGGGCGGAAAUUGUGCCUAGCUGUUGGUGUACGAGGGUAUUUGGGAGGUGGGGCGGCGGUAUUCCGGAAUUAAGCACUAAGAAUCCGGAAUCCCACUAACGAUUGGAAUCCGGAAUCCAAUUUCCACUUACAAGCAAUCAAGGAUCCAGUACUGGAAUGCGGAAUCUACACUGUGGAAUCCAGAAUCCAAGACUGUCUCGGGUUCCCUUACAAGGGGCGAUUAGUUGACUUUGGAAAUGGGUGAGAAUAUUUAGAAAACAAAAAAUGGGAAAAUCGGAUGGUGUCUUUGGCUGAGUAUGUGAUUCCCGGCUAUGAUCUUUCAAUGGGAAUUUAAGUGAUUUGUUUCGGGAAAAAAUGCACGAACUUGGGCUACAUCUGAUUUAAGGCAGCGACUAUCGCUUGCUCGAGUUUUACAUGGUCUCUACACUGUAGUUAAAAGUUAAUGAUAUUUUUGCAAAAAUAUAGACUUUCACCUGCAGAGAAGAAUAUACGAUAUGUUAAGGUGUAUACCUUAACAGUAAACAUUAAACCAUCCGUGUGCUGGGACCAAUGUCUUUCAUUAUAUUGUAUCAAGCAUUAAAUAAUCGCUUUAAACACUUGUUUAGGUAAUGCAGCGAGACGAAAACAUAAACUUACGUCAUACGACGUGAAUAAUAAAGUUUAUUCGGGCGGUUGAUUAAAGCUGGAAGACGAGGUGAACACUACUUCUAAACGUCGUUAAAAAAAAUUUCAAAGGCCAGGGUGGGAGUUCGCUGUUCCAGGUAGGCGCGCAAUAUAUACGAAACACUACGACAAUUCUCAUCUUUUAGGCAUGUUAAUUUUUACAGAGAUAGCGGAUAGCACACUCGUGUGAUCAACAAGUUAAUUAUACUCUUUCCAAUGAAGACUAUUUUAGCUUGAGGGUUUAAAAGCCAAUGUAGAUCAUCGACAAGAUUUCCUGUUUCGUGUUGGACAGCUUUUUUCCCUUCUGCACCGUUGAAGAAUACUUUUUGUACUCUCAUACUAGAUUAUCUAGCGUAUACUGAAGACUUUCAGGAUUUCCGUGUAUAGGAAAUAUUUAAUUUUGUAAAAAUAAUAACUUUUUGUUAUUUCAUUUUUAAUCUUGACCAUUUUAGACCAGCGACUGAACUCGAUUAAACCCAAGGAGACUCAUCUCUAAGGAAUUUUUUUUCCUCUGGUAAACGAACCGACUUUGCAAGUCAAGAGUUGACUACAACCACAACCCAACAGGUGUAACAAACAGGUCUUUUAAAAUGAGAUCAGCUUUAAGCAGACAAGAGGCUCUAACUGUAACAAUCAAUUGAUAAAUUAAAGUCGUCUUCACUAUUAGUAAAAACUAUGCCCACACAAUAUUUACCGGGUAACUACCCGGUAUAGUUUGAACACCUAUUCCAUAGGUGACCCUCCACUCGGCGCGGCGAAGCUUCGCUCCUUUACAGCCAUCGCGUCUUAAUUAUUAUCACCGUUCUUAUGCUUCCUCGUACCCAGACGUCUCUCUCACGAUGAAAAUGUGCGCGCAAACUGUACCUUUCCCAUGGUCCCUUGCGGUUCAUCAUCAGUCGUUCGCCUCAACCUUGCGAAAAACGAAGCGCCUGAGGAGAAGGCUGGUUCUUAUGUUUAAAUUUAAAAAAAGACGUCCUAUCCGAUAUAGUUCUUGUGCCGGGGAAAAAUCUAUCCGGUAUAUAGUAUGAACAUAAGAGCCUAAGUUUAGCCAUAAUUUCUGAGCGGGUUUAGUUCCUUUUAGGCAGGGAAGUAAAUUUCAAUAUUGAGGUGAAAGAGAUUGCGGAGGCUAAGACGCGACAUGCUUCUAAAUUCUCCUUGAUGUCCUUAAUUAACCCAUCAGUGUUUUUUUUUUUUUUUUUUCACACAAAUAGCGGGUCUUUAAAAAACGCGAUAUACUUCUGAAUUUACUAUAAUGACCUGCAGCCUCUCAGUCUGACGUCUAUAAAGGAAUAACAGAAAAAAUAACGACGUCACACAAUAACGAUAACCGAUUUUCCAGGGUCCGUUGUAGGCUUUCCAAAAGUCCUUCGUCGGAUUUCAUAUGGCUCGCGGUGGGAUGCUUCGCGGCCAAACAAGGCUCGCUCCGCUCGCCAAGAGGUCGAUUUGCAGCAAGUCUAGGUCCGUUGUGACCCUGCAUAGUAUUACAGCACUUUUAUAAUACAGCACAUACACUGAAUGGAGUAUCCUUUUUCUGUUUUAAAGCACUAGAAAUAUCUUGAAUGGAUAAUAACUGUUGAAUUCGGCUUUCUUACGAUUCAUAUGAACAAUUGGAUCUCCUAGGAGUUGUUCAUAGCGCCUUCUCGAUCUGCAUAAAUCUUCAUAUGUUAGUCAGCCGCAUCCAACCUCUUUCCCAGGGCUCACUCCUACUCGUCCUUGGGAACGAGGCUGGGCCUCAACCAGUGGGUGACCUGGUAGCCCUCGGAAGACCACCCGGGAUUGGUUGGGAAAACAAUGAACAAACAAAGUCAAUAAUGAAACCGAGCCCCAAAACAAAAAAGUUGCGACUCGUCGGGGUCCAAUUGAAUUAGAGGUUCUGAAGAGCUGCUAGGCUAUCGGGGGAACAUUCAACUCUUAACAAAAAUGGCCGAAGUAUUACCACUUGAUAUAGUCUGCCAUAUCUUUUUAGUCAACCGUAAAAAUUUGCUUCAACAAUGGAAUGAUAAAGAUUUCACUUUUGCAGGCAUGGUCGUCCUCCAUCAUCCGCUUUCUCUUCUUUUGGUUGGAUUUAUUUGCUUUAUUCCGUGCACUUUUGGAGAAAAAGUGGAGGCUGAUAAUGGUAAACAGGUUUUGUUCGUUCAGAUUUCGAGGAUCGUUUGGGUGGAAAAGUGUUAAUUAUGAUUGGUGGAUGGUAUACAUGGCAACCAUUAGCCAAUCAUAAGUAGCCCUUUUCAACUGAAAGGAACCCAGAAAUCCUUGCGCCGAAAGCUAGUACCCAUUCAGCUUAUAGUUUCUGAAAUGGAGAAUUGUUACCAAUCGCCACUAUAGUGAAGGGCCUUCCCUGGGGAGACAUACACAGAGUGAAAAGUUAUCGACUGUGAAAAACAAGGUUUGACAUGCUGCUUGUUGACUUUCUACAAUUAGUGGGAAGUUAAUUGACCUCCUGGUUUGCUCGAUGGUUCUCUAUGGUGCCUGGGUACCGGCAGAAAAUUGUGUCGUGUUCACACCUUGAGAACCCGUCUACAUCCUCCGUUUCGCCCUGUUAAACGCCACUUUGAAACUUGAGCUUAGCAGCGAGUACAAAGCAGUGGAUUACCCCAGAACUAACAAAACUGUGUGCACACAGGAACCCGGCGCCCACUUUUGUGCCCGAGGACAAGAUCUUCGGGCACCGGCACCUUACCCGAGUUCUAGCGCGGGCACUUGAAAAAAGGGUGUGUUCACAUUAGUGCCCAGCGAGUGCCGUACUCUCGCACCUUACCGGGGCACCAAAUGUGAACGCUGCCUUUUUUAGCUGUUUCUAUGUUAAUUAAUAGGUUGCUUUGAACCACUUGGAAUACAGAGUGGAGAGUUUGAAGACGGCCUGAUAACAGCAUCAAAUGUGCAAAAAAAUUUUACAGCAACUGACCCUUGGUGUCCUCCAAAAACCGACGAAAAUCAGUAUUUACAGGUUGAUUUAUCCAGAAAGACCGAACUGACAAAACUUGCUACGCAAGGAUAUAGUGGAGACAAAGAGAAAUUUGUGAAGACGUUCGCAUUAUUGUACAGCGAUGAUGGAGAGAAAUGGGAACAGUAUGGAAGCAAAGGGAAGGAAAAGGUAUGGCAUGUUUUACAAGAGAUUAUUUAUUAUUUUGGGACUAAUUAUUCUCCCUUGAUGUCUUAAAAAUGUGUAGAGUAACGUUACGAAUGAAGAAAAUGGUAUAUCCCCAUUAUCACGAUUGCGGAUCAAUUAAGGAACAGAUCUGAGCAAUCGACAAGUUGUUCGAGCCUUUUUCCUCAUUACGGAAACCAAUCGGAUGUUAAACUUGGAUGAAACAGGCCUUAAGAGACUUAAGCCGAGCAGGGUCCUGGGUACGAAUAUUUUAAAAUCCACUUCUCUCGCGACGUGAUGGUCCACAAUGGCUUCUUAUUUCACUGCCAGCCUCAAAAUUGUCAUAUUCCUAUCUGUCGACAUUCAUUCUGUCUUUGCAGAUCUUUCAGGCCAAUAAUAAUUCAUUUGCGGUUCACCAUAACAUAUUUGAGAAGCCACUCGUGACACGCUACAUUCGUGUAAAUCCCAGGACUUGGGAAAACGCCAUUUGUUUGAGACUCGAAGUAUUUGGAUGCGAUGGUAAGUCAAUUAAAAUAAUAUAA